GAGUACGCAGGUCAGUCUCCGGAGCACACUUUCUCUCUUCCUCCUUCUGAGUUUUCUUGCUUAAUGAAGCUCAUAUGAGUUAAUUAAGCUGAGUAACUCAAGUGCCACCCCCACUAAAAAGUAGUCGUAGUGCUGGGAUUAGCUCAGCACUAAUCAAAUGAAAUUAGUAGUAACCAUCUCCGAAAAUGAAAACCACAAAAAUAUUUCCCGUUGAAUAAAUCAAAGCUUUGAACGAAGAAUAGUUUAUGGAGGAUUAAUCCCCACAAGAACGACUAACCACUGACUGCUCCAAUUAUUUUUCCUGCAUAUUCUUGCACUAAUCUUUUGCAGGAGUCAUGUCGGUCUGGGGGAAUAUUCGGAACAAGGUGAAGAAGCUCGGCUCGUCAUCCCGAUUCCGAAGUUCGCGAGUGCCAUCGGCCUCUCGGGAUGACAUGUCGGUGGACUCAGUUCGCCGACCGUCACGGUCCCAGGAAGAAGAGGAGGAAGCCCCUGCCUCUCCAGCAGUCCCGAGGCCCUACCUCAAAAUCAGAGUUUUGACUUUGAUCGACCAGAUCGUAGUCCGGACUGAUUACGAGUGGGAUGCCCACAAACUGCUGAAGAAGCAGUCGUACGGCCACACCAAGCAGUUCGAUACAGAGUUCCUAAUGAUGACGGGACUCCACCAGGACAUGAACUAUGCAUUUUUACGGCUGCGGGAUGGUCGCGCUUCGCCGACAUCACUAAACCAGCAUACAUGCAUUGUCAAGAGACUGCUUAUAAAUGUUGUGGAUUCUGAAUCUCCAAAUAAUCUUGUAUUGGAGGUAGCAGUUCUGAUUUCGAUCUAUCAUUUGUGUAGCAAAAAAGCAAUGCAGCUGCAGAAGAAAAUUAUACACAUACGUGAAGAAGUGUUAAGUGGGAUGAUUGAUGAAGAUGGUUGCAAGUUGAGCAUAGUUUUCGCUGAAGCUAUAUGUUUGUUUUGUUAUGAACCUCCUAGUGAUGAAAUCUUUUGCCCACAACCUUAUGGUUGUGAGCUUGGUUGUAGUGAACUUUUCUGUCACAAUUAUUUGACUAGUUGAAUGCCCGUGCGUUGCUACGGGAGCAGAAAAAAUCAAGCGCCCGACUAUUGAAC